AUGAACCCAAUCAUCAACAUCGCCGCCUCCUUUCUAUGGCACUUGGGCUCCCACGCCUACCGACUUUCCUUGCCGACCAUCGCCGACAUUAUCCUCCUCGGCGAUGCUUCCUUCGCGGCGCUCGCGCUGAUGAACAAUCAUUCUAAGCGCGUCACUACCACGGACAAGAUCCCAGAGGCGAUGCAAAGCAUUGACACCACCCUGCCCGGCGAUGUCGCCGACCAGACCACCAGGGGUUCCGAAGCGACCUGCGCCUGCGAGGCAGCCGAAGAAGCCACCACGAACCUCUUCAUCAAUCCGGCCAUCAUCAUUUCAGUCACUGGCGCCACUAUCACCAAGUUCACCAAGGACAUCGACAGUCCCCUCCCUGGCAAUGACACCCGCGAAGAAGCCUCAAACAUCGACAUUGUCGACAGCGCCCCGAUGAUCCUCCAAGACCUGGAUUCCAUCAACCCCGAGAUCGAAGCUCACGUCUAUACUUAUGCCCUGCCCGUCAUGGAUAUCCUGGAGGUCAACCUUUCCACCGUUGACGACCUUGACGACUCGGCUGCUUCCGCUUCCAGCAGUCACUACAACGAUUUUGAGCGCUUUCUUGACGAUGAUCGAAUGAUGUGGAUUCCGCGCCCGGCAAAGCGCAUGUUUGGGAAGAAGGCAGUUGUUGGUCAAUAUGCAAAUGCGGCCCGCCCCACCCACGUGAGAGGAGGUGCAGAUGGCAAGCACGUUCCAUCCCAUGUCACGCAGUCGGACGACAGCACGGUUCAGCGUACCAGAAAAGUUUCUACCGAAACUAAUUCAUCAAGCGCCACCACACAGAUAGUCAGCACAGAGAUCGCCGACACUGCGCCCGAUGCACCGGAUACAGCUGACACGUCGCCCGACAACGUCGAUACCGAAUCGGACGAGAGGUCGGCUCUUCCCGCCAUCCCGGAAAUUAUACUAACUCCUCCCACCGAGAUUGCCGACGAAGACGCGGACCAUAUUCGUUCCUCCCUCGCAGCCGAGCCCAACUCCCGCAUUCCAACCAGGGCCUCUCUCCCAGCCUAUAACCAUACCUACGACUACGCCAGCCAGAACUUGACCGGGGAGGAUCUGAAAGAUCUGGACUUCGUUACAAUACUUACCGACCCAAUCAGCGGCAAUCAGUAUGCCAUGCUCACUUGUGGCUACUGGUACUGGCUUGAGGAUGACGACAAUGUCCGGCAGAUGGUGGAAGAUGAGUACGAGAUCUUCUUGAACUGGAUCGACGCGGAAUCCAACGGCCUGGACGAUGUCGCUGAAGAAGAAGAAGAGGAGGACUGGGCAGAACUUCUUCGCUGGAAGAAGCGUUAUGAACUAGGCAGAGGUUGGGGCGUCGUCAAGUCAUUCAACCACCCAGACUUCACCGAUAGGAAGUACGCUUUGGGGAACGAUGACAAAUGGUACUUCGAGUACAAGGGGAAGUACCGCCAGCUCAUGGAAGACGAGCUUGAUUUACUCAACCGCCGGAGGGAGGAGGAGGGCUCGACUCUGGGCGAAGCGAUUGAGGAAGUUGAGAAGCCAGUUCGAGUUAGUAAGUGGGGGCUCCCGGAUAUUUGUGAGGAGGAUGACGAGGAUGAGUGUUGA